AUGAGUCGGUACAGCUUCGCCAACCUUUUGGACUGGAUGUACGGGGAGUGGACCCCAUCCGAAGGCAACGGAGGCCCUGAGUGUGCUGCCUUCCUCCCGGCAGCACGGCUGGUGGAAAGCCUGGUCUUCCUAGCGUGGGAGUGUGAGGUUGCGGUGUCGCUGAGGAAGAUCCGGCGGACCCAUGCCAAGGAAGCCGGGGACUUGUUGGCUCAGUCUCGGAUCAAGGAGGAAAGCUUUGGGAAGAACUUGUUGCUGGUAGCACUUUGCCUCACGUUUGGGUUAGAAGUCGGGUUAUUUGCAUCUAGGACGGUCCUCUACUUGCUGAACCCGUGCCACGUGGUCACCAUGAUGCAGAUUUUCCUGCUGGCCUGCCCACCUUGCCAUUUUGCAAUGAUUCUCUUCAGGUUGCAGAUGCAUAUGCUCAAUGGGGCACUUCUGGCAUUGCUGUUUCCUGUGGUUAAUACGCGACUGCUACCUUUCGAACUAGAGGUGUACUAUAUCCAGCACAUCAUGCUGUAUAUUGUUCCCAUCUAUUUGCUGCGGAAAGGAGGUGUCUACACUCCUGAACCUUCUUGCAAUUUCUGGUGGGCUUUACUAUCCACUGGACUGAUGUUCAUCUAUCACUUUACUGUUUUACAAAUACUGGGACUGGCCACGCAAGUGAAUUUGAACAACAUGCUGUGCCCCGCCAUCUCGGAUCCUUUCUACGGCCCUCGGUACAGAAUAUGGGCCUCUGGCCACCAGACGAUCAUGACGAUGGUUCACGGGAAACUUAUCACUGGGGUCUUCUACAGUACUGUCCCUGUUUGUAGGUUCUGCCUGGAUUUACUCCGACUGCCGGCUAAGAAAGUAUCCUGAAGCGUCUCGGUGGAAGGAGGUGUUUUCGAGAAAGCAGAAGAGGACUGGGGUUGUUGCAUUUGGAAACAGAAGGGAUGAGAAAAAGACCAUGCAUAGAACAUUCCUUCCAUUUCCCCCAUCCAUUGUGAAGCAAAGCCUUCCCUUCUGUCAUCACCCGAUCUAUUGAUGUUACACUGCCAGAGCCAAUGGCAAAAUUUGUAGCCUUAUCCACCGAGAGAGAGGGACUUUGACUUGAUGUACAACUCCUGCACAACUAAAUCUGGUUGCUUUGGACCGUUUGAGGUUGAAGAGAAUCAGGGUCUCCCUCUAUAUAGUGGAAUACAGCUGCCGAAGAAGUCGUCUCACUGCCGUUCAUCUUUACCAGCCGACCUACAAGAGGGAUAGUUUCUUAAUUUUGCCAAGAGAAAAUGCAGUCUAUUCUUCUUGGUGGUUAUCUGAUCUCCUGUCUCUUCCAUGCCUUUCAUUUUACUCACCGGAGGGUCUUUGGCGUCUCCUAAUCCAUUGGUGCAAAAAUAGGUUCUGCCCUGUUACAGCUGGUUGAAAUUGCGUGGAACAACAACCGCCGCGUACUCACUAUUUUCGAAGCGAACGGCUUUUUUCUGCUCCUCUUUGCUAUCCAAUGGCCGCUCUUAUAAAUUAAUUGGGGGAAAACAAAGAGGCUGAAAUAAGCCUGCUAACAAUGUAGAAGACGAAUUACGGUGCGCUGUGCCCUUGCUGCAACCAAUGUCAGAAUAGGAAUAACCAUCCUUUAAUGAGAGACGGCGGGGUUGGGUAGAAUUAUACCCUUCUACAAAGUGAAGCAGCACAUUUAAAGUUAAUAGCUGCAUUUACACACUCCUGACUGUGCGCUUCAUAUUCGGCAGGCCUAACUAUUCCCUUGAGAAACGAACUGGUUUGACUGAGCAAGAGAGCGAACAAAACAAGACGCGCGCGCACAUCCCUCAAGAAAAGACCAAGGAGCUGCCUCAAUGCUGAAGGAUAUCACCGUUUUUUAUUACUUGGAAAUAUGAGCCCAGAUUUCAGCAGCUUUGACCAUGUCUCUCUGAAGAUAAGCUCUGCUUUUUUUAAAGGGCACAGGGUUUCCAAAAGCUAUUGCAGAGACAGUUGCUGCAAAUGUAGGCCAGUAUUCUGUAUCGGCUAUUUAAGUAUGAUUAGGGCUAGUCUACACAUUUGAAAUACUACUCAUUUGGAUUAAAUAGCAUGUAAUUCAGCCACGUGCGAUUUGCAGGAGUUUGAGCCUUUUGUGACCUCUGGAAAAGCUCAUUCAACUCCAUGGGAAAAGGCUUAGUGUUUUUUUUGCUGGAGUGUCUGCUGAAAUCCAAGUGCGCAUUAUCUGUUUCGUGUGCAUUCGGAUGGCUGUGCAUUUUUGGUAGCGGGAGAGUGAAAUGGUGCAAAUAGAUGCAAAUUUGUGCAGGAAAAGGAGGACAAUGAACCAUCAAUGCAGAUGUGCAAAAAUGGACCGCAGUUCGCAUGGUGCACUUACGUGUAGACUAGCCCUUAGUUAUAUUUAUAUAGUAUACUUCACUGAGGACCAAAACACAUUGCUGAAAUAAUCCAGUUUGAGACCGCUUUAACUGCCCCAAGUGCUAGGGAAUCCUGGGAAUUAUAGUUUGUUGUGGCCCACAGAGCUCUCUGAAAGAGAGGGCUAAACAAUGUCUCCUAAAACUACAGUUCCCAGAAUUAACAUUGAGCAGUUAGAGGUCUCAAAUGGGAUUAUUUCUCCAGUGUGUUUUGGACCUAAAUAGUGAUCCUGUCUAUGGAACCGUCAACCCAGAUUUACUCGUUUGUAACUGUUCUGGAUUUGUGAAUAGCUACUUAAUUACAAUUGUGACGCCAUUGCCAUGAUCAUAACUAUUUUACCGGUCAUCGAUCAGCUGCUUUGGAGAGAAUGAGGUCCUUUCUGUCAGUGGAGCAUGGGUCAAUGAUGUUUCCAUCAGGUUUGGGAGAAGGCUUGGGCCAGGAGAGGCUACUUGGUUAAGCCAUCUGAGGUCCAAAACACACUGCAGAAAUCAUCCAGAUUGAGACCGCUUUAACUGCCCUGGUUCAAUACUUGGGAAUCAUGAAAGUUGUAGUUUGGUGAGACAUUUGUCAGAGAGCUCUGGGGCCACAAUAAACUGCUUCUCUAGCAUUGAACCAGGGCCGUUAAAGCGGCCUCAAACUGGAUUAUUUCUGCAGUGUGUUAUGGACCUAAGUAGCUGAUAUGGCCCUAAUUCUUUUGUCUCUUCCCCACCUCCAACAGACACACAAACUCACACUUUCUUCUCCGGUUGUGUUGCCUUACUCAUGGGUUGCCCGAUGAACAACUGCCAUGCUUCCUCCAGGUGACUUGCUCCAAGGGACGGGUUUCUGCACUGCGUCAGCCAUUUGAUACCUCAAGAAGAGAGAUCUUUGCCUUAAAGGACAACACUACGGAUCUUCAAGCAAAGGAAGAUGGCGGGACAGGGUUUUCCUUUUCCUUUCUGUAUCCUGGAUAUUGCACCCCAGUUGACCACGACUUGAAGCUCAUUGCAAAUUGGUGUUCUUCAAAACAAAUAUAUAUAUAUAUAUAUAUAUAUAUAUGGAUAUAUCCUGGCCUCCUGACUUUGGCUUUGUAACCAUGCUGGGUGGACUUAGGGAUUUUUGUACACAUUGUACUGUGAAUACUCUUUACUGCCACAAAUCUUUUGAAAGAUGUGCAUCGAUGCACAGUUCCUUUGCAUUUCUUCCUUGUGUUUCUCAUGCCUUGGGUUUGGUUUUGGCCAAGGGGGAGGUCGGGAAGUCCUUUGCGGAUCGUCGCUAAUGCUGUUCAUGGUUGCUUUUAGCCUUUUCCUCUGAAGGUGUAGAUUGUUUACUCUUCAAAGUGGCAUCUUUAGACAGCGGUAUAUAGAUAGGGCGAUCCCUAAUAGUGUAUGUAUAAUGUGUGCAUGAGAGAGUGGGACAAUAAUCCAGGAUUUCCUUAUAGCCAGAAAUAUACUGUAUAAAAGUACAAAAAAUGUGAAAUUUGCAAACGAUGAUUAAUAUUGAUCUGAUUUUUUUUAAGGUGAGUAUGCUUUAUUACUUGGCUGUUUCAGUGAAGCUGCACACUGAGGAUCCUGUUAUUAAGUCCAACUAGAGUAAGAGCCAUUGAAUGGGAUUUACGUUCAGUGUUGACUCAGACAAUUGAAAUACAGGCUCAGGGGAUUUAUUCUAGUUGGCAUCCAAUGGCGUUCAGGUCUGAAGACCUUUGCUUGAUGGAAUGGACUUAUCUUACCAACUUCUUACCUAGCUCUGUUAGUCCUUCUCCAGGGCAGUGGGCCCCAGACUUUGGUCCUCCAGAGGUUUUGGACUUCCUGGCAGUUGGUCAAGUUGGCUGGGGCUCCUGGGAACUGAAGUCCAAAACACCCGGAGGACCAAAGUUUGGGAAACACUGCUCUAAGGCAUAAUGUUUGUGACUUUCUAGCUUCUGAGUGAGAUUUCUGCAAGGAGCCUGGUUUGUGGCCUGGAUCCUAUUGUCUGUUCCAACAAACAUUGAAUUACGUAAUGGGACUUAGUUUUUGGGUGACGUGGCCAUGUUCUAGAAGAGUUUGUUCCUGAUGUUUCGCCAGCAUCUGUGGCUGACAUCCUCAGCCUUUCCUCCUCAUCUUUCCUUCUUCCAAACCAUUCCUCCAACUCUUCCUCCUUUCUCGCCACCUUCCUCAUCCCAUUCUCUCCUCUAAUUUCACAUUCUCAAGCUUUCCUACACAUGCGCCUACCCUCGACUACUUACUUUACCCUCUUUUCAUUCUCCUUUCUCCCCAGUCUUCUUCCUAAAAUAACAACAUGCAUCCCAACUUCCUCACUACCUUAAUUCUUCACGAUCUAAUGACUUUCUUAUUUCAUUGCUGCCGUUUCUCCACCUUCUAGCGGACUUCUCCGACCUAAACACCUUACCAAACAUUUCUUCAUCCUUUCAUUCAUUCUGACUUCAACUACCCUGGCUUCAAAUGAAUUCUAUGUGUCUUUCUGGUUUACCCUUUAGCCCUUAUUGUCUCCAUUGGUGAACCUGUAAAGUAGUAGUAGUAGUAGUAGUAGUAAUUACUCUUAUUAUUUAUAUCUCACCUCUCCCUUAUGGAUUGAGGCGGGUUACAACCGCACAAGUACAUCAAAUAAAAUACAUGAAUAGUACACCAAUAAAACACACAAUAUACACAAAUCAAAACUACAUAUUCUCCUACCCCCGGCCUUAAAACAAAAACAAUAACAUUAUAAAAUACAGAUUAAAAUUACUUAAAAAUAGACAUAGUUGAAGCGAGACAUCUUGGGGCAAACCAGGGCUAUCCAUAUCAGUCUAGAAGAGAUCCGUCUUGACGGCCUUUUUACUUGCACUUAUCUACUAGUAUUUAAUAAUAUUUCCUCUAAGGCCGCAUUAGACUUCUCUUCCAACGCAACUUGCCCUCCCUUGUCCUCUUUCAUUUCUCCGGAGUGCCAUAUUUUCUUCUUCUUUUCAUCUCCUUUGGGGCAUCCAAGCAACAGUUCUCCUGCGAGAGAAAGAGGCGUCUGAGGAAUUUCAAAUAGGCUGCUCAGGGGAGCAUCUCCUCUCUUUGGAGGCAGCUUAUGUAGCUAAAACGUCAUUUCUAACUGGUUGGACUGGUUUAGGAGGUAUCCCAGUCUUGUCGCUGGUCCAGAUGACCCCGAUCCCCGCUUGCCAAGGGAUUUGGUGAAUGGCCCUGGCUUGCUGCAAAUGCCUUGCUGCAUUUUGAGAAAAGGUCUGUUGACUGUGGUUUUGUCCGCAGUUGUGUAUCUCAGUGCCCUGAAUUGUAUCCCUUUUGUUUACUUAGAUACUGUGAACCCAAAUUACUUCUGGGAUCAGUGCAGAAUAAAAAAAGAGGCUUCGGUGUAAUCCUUUUCAUGAUAGAAUGGCUGCCAAGUUGGCCGUCGCAAGCUACCUAGAAGCUGGCAAAGUCGUUCAAUAAAGAGAGCUUGACCUAAAUCCAAUGGCAGAGGAGUGCAGUUUACAUUAUCCGAAGGCAGUGGAUCCAAUGGGUCUACUCUAGAUGGGAAGUAGGAACUGCAUUUAGGCCAAUGCCUGCUGAAGGCUCUUGGUAAUGCAACUUGCGUAAGUAAGCAUUCUGCAGUUGGGAUUUCCAAAUCUGGAAGAUGCAUACCUUCCUUUCAAAUUUAAAUCUGGUGAGGUUUUUUAUCUUCUAAAAAGGAGCAGGACGUUUCUGUUUUCCAUUCUGAAGUUUUUAAAGAUCCGCUCUGUUCUAAAGUAGGACCCUGAAUUAUGAAUGAACAAGGAACUUGCAUGGAGUUAGUGAAAAGGACUCUGUGCCAUCCUUCUGCUAGUCUAUGUCCUCCUGAAGUGACAGACUGCAACACCCAUCAUUCCCAUUUUUGGGGAUGUUGGGAUCUGUCAUUUUUUCAUGUUGGGAGGGUGCAAAGUAAAAGAAGGUUGCUCCCGGCCAUAGCACUGCUUAAGCCCAACCUGUUCUGAGAAAUGCAUCUUAAAUCCAAGUCUCCUUUCCUGAAACAGCAGAGGGAAUAACAACGUGGAUGGAUGCUUUUUGUCAAGCACUGAAAUUGCUAGGUCAGGCUGCCCUUUUUGCAACAUCCUCUUGUAAAAUAGGAUUCGGCUUUCAUAGAUUGGAUAAAACACAGAGAAGAGAGAGAGGGGCUCACAGAAACCAUCCAUUAAACCAUUCAAGAAACAGCUAUUGUCAGUUCUCAGUGCAGAGCGUUGCUAAGCUAAGCAUCCUUUCUAUCUGGGGCCUUUUCUCCAUCGUUUUAAGUUCUUUGCUGAAAGUGUGUGGUUGUGCGUGUGAAAGAGAGUACAUCAAGGAACACAACGGGGGCAGUUGAAUUAGGUGCCAAACUGUAUGUACCUCAGAGGCCCUUGUAGAUCAUGGAAUAUAUGGAUAUAUAUGUGUGUGUGUGUACCAGUAUUAGUUUGCAUUGUUUCCCAGUGUUUUAUCACUUCUUGUGUAAUCUUUCAAGCUAGAUCUUACAUUUCUAUCCAUGGCUUUGUGACUCACUGAGUUGUAAAAUAGGGUUUUGUUCAGCCGUUUGGGGGGAAAAACAAGCAACAACCACCAACGUGGGGAGAUUGGGCUGGCUUCGUAUUUGUGCACUUUAACAUUUUAGAGUACCUCAGUGUAGCCGUUUUAACUAUCCUUCUGUGGCCUAUAUCAGGGUUUUGAUAUAUUUCUCUAUAUUGGAUAAUUCAAUGUUGUUGUUUUUUAACUCUCAUGAGAACCUUGUGCUCUUUACGGUGUGUUACAGACUUGGUUCGGUGUGCCAGUGGUCCCUGAUGUGGCAAAAGCAUGCUGUACUUUUGUGGUUGCAUGGUUGGAGAGGGUGAUGCCCAACUUAUGUUGCAUCGCUUUUUAUCUUUCCCUGGGAGCAGCUGGACUUUGGGAGUUUGGGGUUUGUUUCUCAAAGAGGAUAUUAACCUCCAAAGAGCUUCUCUUGUAUCUUGGGAACUGGUGAUCUCUUUGGCUAUUAAUGUCAAAGGCCAGGGAGCAAGAAAGACAAAUUGAUAUUUGAUUUCUUAUAAAUGCAAGUGAAACUGAUGUAUAAUCGCAGCUGACUUCCAUUUCCUUCCAUGUAAGUUUGGUAAAAGUCAUUUCCAUUUGAGUUUUUCAUCCCCUUCUUUCAGGGCCAAAUUGUAUUUGUUUUUGGCCGGAAUCCCGUAUCACCGUCUGCGUUACGCUUGACCCUCCACAUUCAUAGCUUUGACUUUUGAGGAUGUAAUUGUUUGCGGUUUGGAUUAAUAUGUUCUCUCUAGGAAUCUAUAGGUCCUCCAGUGCAACUCUGCCAGAGGUUGGCCAUAGAGUUGUGCCGGAGAAACUAGAAUUUCCUAGAGAAAACACUUCUCUAGGCAUUUGUAGGUCUUCCGACGUGAUUCAGCGAUCAACGUCUGGCAAACAUUGACCAGAGAGUUGCAUUGGAGGACCUGGAGAUUCCUAGAGAGGCAAUCUCUCAGGUAAGAAGAGUGUUUUAUUUGCAUUUUUACUACUUUCACCUCUAACUCCAGCGAAUGUGGAGGGACCACUGUACUUAAAUUCGGAUAGUGAAUUGUAUUGGGAGUGCCCAAUGCACCUUGGUGCUAAUGUGCAUUGAGACCGAUUCACAUCAAUGUGCGUUGGUCCCAUUGCUCAGUGGUCACUUUGCUAGCUCUGCCAUGUAGUAACAGAACAGCAGCCCUUUAUUGGAUACGGACGUUAUGAAACGGUCCAAUGCCCUCCUAUUUAAGUCUAUUUACCUAGAGGAAACUUCCAUACAGGAUUCCAGCCUUUUUGUCCUUUCCGCUCUUUGAAUGGUGGGAAUCACCUUUAAAGCUGAGUGCAUUGUGCGCUUGUUGUGUUUGCUGUCACUGCAAGCUGUGAUGUGCAUUUGUGUUACCCUUCCCUCUUUUAGGCACUGAAAACAGAGCCACACAACUAUGAGUUCCUUCCUCCAAUUCCCAGUCGUUUGUAGUAGGAUAAUUUUUUUAUAUCAACUACCACUUUUCUAAAUGUUGUUUUCCAACAGAGAAAAAAAAAUUGUGUACCUGGAAUUUUCCGCUUUGGUUUUGAUCGCAACUGUCUUUUAUCUUCCCUGUCUCUUGAAUAAACUUGUGUUCUUCGA